CCUACUCCUCCUCGUCCUCGUCCUCCUCGGCGUCUUCGCCAUGGAGGCCGCGGCGGCGUCGUCGGGGGCGCCGCACCUCCUGCACUGCGGCGGCUUCGCGCGUCUCCCGGGCCUCGCGGCGUCCCCCCUCGCCGCCCGCCGGCGCCGCGCCGGCCGCGUCCUCGCCGUCGCCACGGAGCCCAAACCCUCCUCCGCGCCGCCGCCGCCGCCGCCGCGCUCCAGGUCGAGGAGGACUCCGAAUGACAUCUCCUCCACCCGGUUCGGGGAGGUGUCCAAGGAGAUCCAGCGAGUGCGCAAGCAGAUGGAGGAGGACGAGCAGCUCUCCACGCUCAUGCGCGGCCUCCGGGGCCAGAACCUCCGCGACUCCCAGUUCGCCGACGACAACGUCCGCCUCCGCCUCGUCGAGGUGUCAUCCACGAACAACAACGAGGCACUGCCUCUCGUGUACAGUCCUGAGAUCAUCUCCGCAUACUGGGGGAAGCGUCCGAGGGCCGUCGCCACACGAGUCGUGCAAUUGCUGUCCGUUGCUGGUGGAUUCAUCUCUCAUCUCAUAUCUGACCUUAUUAACAACAAGCUCAAGGAGAAUGAAGUAGCGCGUGCGAUUGAGCUGAGGGAAAUUGUGACAUCUUUGGGUCCUGCUUAUAUUAAGCUUGGCCAAGCACUAAGUAUUCGACCAGAUAUUCUGUCCCCUGCAGCAAUGACUGAGUUGCAGAAGCUGUGCGAUAAGGUCCCUUCGUUUCCUGAUGAUAUUGCAAUGACUCUUCUGGAAGAAGAGCUUGGGCGACCAUGGCAUGAAAUAUACUCUGAAUUAUCCCCAUCCCCAAUCGCUGCUGCAUCUCUGGGACAGGUUUACAAGGGACGCUUGAAAGAAACUGGAGAACUUGUAGCUGUGAAAGUACAGAGGCCGUUUGUACUUGAGACUGUCACCAUUGAUUUAUUCAUUAUUAGAAACUUGGGCCUGGUACUAAGGAGAUUCCCGCAGGUCUCCAUUGAUGUUGUUGGCCUAGUAGAUGAGUGGGCUGCUCGAUUUUUUGAAGAACUUGAUUAUGUGAACGAAGGAGAAAACGGCACACGUUUUGCUGAAAUGAUGAAAAAAGAUCUUCCACAGGUUGUUGUACCAAAGACGUACCAGAAAUACACAUCUAGAAAAGUUCUUACCACACAGUGGGUAGAGGGAGAGAAGCUGUCACAAAGUACAGAGGAUGAUGUUGGAUCAUUGGUCAGCGUAGGAGUCAUAUGCUACCUAAAGCAGUUGCUUGAUACUGGAUUUUUCCACGCUGAUCCACAUCCUGGCAAUAUGAUUAGGACUCCAGAUGGGAAACUAGCUAUUCUUGAUUUUGGGCUUGUAACUAAAUUGACGGAUGAUCAAAAAUAUGGAAUGAUUGAAGCAAUAGCCCACCUUAUUCAUCGUGAUUAUGAUGCGAUAGUCAAGGACUUUGUGAAGCUUGGUUUCAUCCCAGAGGGAGUUAACUUGGACCCAAUCUUACCUGUAUUGGCCAAAGUUUUUGAUCAGGCGCUUGAAGGAGGUGGUGCAAAGAAUAUAAACUUUCAAGAGUUGGCAGCAGAUCUAGCACAGAUAACAUUUGAUUACCCAUUCAGGAUACCUCCGUACUUUGCCUUGAUUAUCAGAGCCAUUGGAGUAUUAGAGGGUAUAGCUUUGGUGGGUGAUCCUGAAUUCGCCAUCGUGGAUGAAGCAUACCCAUAUAUUGCACAGAGACUACUAACAGAUGAGUCACCUCGUCUAAGGAGUGCCUUGCGAUACACAAUAUAUGGCAAAACUGGUGUUUUCGAUGCAGAAAGAUUCAUUGAUGUCAUGCAAGCUUUCGAGAAUUUUAUUCGCGCUGCAAAGAGUGGUGGCGGGGAGAACUUAAAAGGUAGCAUGGCUGAGCUGGCUGAUAUAGGAGCUCAACCAAGCACCAGUUUAGUUCCAGUUCCUGCAUUUCCUAUGGCCAUAUCACAGCCUGAGCAACCAGUCCAAGCUCGGGCUGCUCUGUCUUUUCUACUAUCUGAGAGGGGUGACUUCUUUCGGGAAUUCAUUCUUGAUGAGAUUGUCAAAGCCAUAGACGCAGUUUCAAGGGAGCAAUUGAUACAGAUUUCUGCAUCUUUUGGGUUUGGAAAUGCUACCCCAGUUUUCAGCAUGGUUCCUGUCAGAGCUAGAGCACUGCUUCCUACAAUCACAGAGGAAGACAGGGUCAUCUUGAACAAUGUUGAGAAGGUUGUGAAGUUCCUGACGGCUGGGAAUGCAAAUCCAACAACAAUCGAUGGGGAUGUAAAUGUGGUGUAUCUUGUACAAGAGCUUCUACCUGUGUUGCCGGGCAUUUCGUCGAAGAUCCUACCAGAAGUCAUGAGCCGGUUGUCAUCGCGAGUAUUUGCACGGCUGAUCCGGGAGGCAUUUUUGUGAAGUGAUUUUUCUUUCUUUUGAUGGGAGAUUGCAAACAGUUAUUUCUCCCCUUUUUAGCAUACAUCAUAGAAUGAUGAUAGAACUCGUAGAAGAUUGUACAGCCAAACGAUGUAUAUAAUUUAUACAUCCAUAUACGCAGAUUAACCAAAUUUUAACUAGCAAUUUUCCUGCGCAAAUGGAAACUGCAUACCUGCAGUGGGCAUUGCACUUACUUUGAUUGAGCUGCUAAUUGAGCUUUCUUAGCGUUUCGAUCAGAACGGGGUGUUCAGCUGUAUAUGCAAAUUAGCCAGUGUUUAAAAAGCAAUUCUACGACU